UGGAGCUAAGACAACCUGCACCUGGGUCUGUACAGAGCUGAGCCCUGUCUCCUCCCUUGGCCUGGCUGUGCUGGGGAGGGCUGCCUGAUCCAGGGUCCCUGAGGAAGACUUCAUAGCCCACCCUGGUGUCCAGACAGCUGACCACUAGAGGAGUUGAGCUCCCAAGCCAACACUGAGUCACUAGAAGAACCUCCAGGCUGAGAGAGUUGUGGGUGUCCUGGGACCCAAGGUGGUUGAAUGGCAUGCAGAACCUUGGGGCUGAAGUAUUUGAACUGCCUGGACACCUUCCAUAAGCUUCUAAUGGCAAUAAACCAGUAAGAAACAGAGGCAUCAAAAAGGGAGUGGACCACAUCCUGUCCCCCAGAGCCUUAGUCUUCUGAGAAUGAUGGGAAGUCUGCCCAGCAAAGGAAAACCCCUGCCAAACCCAAGCUCACAUCCUUCUGUACAAGGCCAGCGACCUGUACCCUUGCAAGCAGAGAGGAGCAAGGCCACAGCGGUGGCGCUGGACAGGUUCCCAGCAGGUGGGCAGGCUGAACUGUCUCUGAGACUAGGGGAGCCCCUGACUAUCAUCUCUGAGAAUGGAGAUUGGUGGACAGUGCUGUCAGAGCUCUCAGGCAGAGAGUAUAAUGUUCCCAGCAUGCAUGUGGCCAGAAUCUCCCAUGGGUGGCUAUUCGAGGGGCUGAGCAGGGAGAAAGCUGAGGAACUGCUGUUGUUGCCUGGGAACCCCGGAGGGGCCUUCCUUAUCCGAGAGAGCCAGACCAGGAAAGGCUGUUACUCCCUGUCAGUCCGACUCAGCCGCCCUGCGUCGUGGGACCGGAUCAAACACUAUAGGAUCCAGCAUCUUGACAAUGGCUGGCUGUAUAUCUCACCACGCCUCACCUUCCCCUCGCUCCAGGCCCUGGUGGACCAUUAUUCAGAGCUGGCGGAUGACAUCUGCUGCCUCCUCAAAGAGCCCUGUGUCCUGCAGAAGUCUGGCCUACUCCCUGGCAAAGACAUGCCCCGACCUCUGACUGUGCAGAGAACAAUGCUCAACUGGAAAGAGUUGGACAGCUCCUUCCUGUUCCUGGAAGCUCCUGCCUCAGGGGAGGUGUCUCUUCUCAGCGAGGGGCUCCGGGAGUCCCUCAGCUCCUAUAUCCGUCUGUCUGAGGACAUUUCCUUGGAUGAUGCCAAGGUCAAGAUCAGAGGCGGAAAGGACUGAGCACCACCGAGGCAAUGUUGUGCACGGUGAGCAGAGGGCUAGGGCACAGCUGCAUCCAGGACUCCACCUGAACUUUUGCUACUUCCUCUCUUGGUGCUAAGAAAUCACUCCCCUUCUCUCCAGCCUUGACCCUGCCUGUAACCUCUAGUUCAAAGCCAGGGCUCCAGGGAAUGUCUAGGGUCUGACCUAAUCCAUUUGCCAUUGGGACAUCACCUCAAUCCUGGUCUCCCGAAUCCCAUCCUACAUCCUAUCCUGUAUGCCCACUGCCAUACUACAUGGUAGAAACCACCAACAGCAUCAAGGGAAAAAAAGAUCAUUUUCAAAAACUACAAGUCUCAGAAGAGAAAGGCGAUCAGAGCGGCUGAUGGCUCCCUACAGUAGCCUUCUCCUGCCAGCCUCAGAUCUCAGAUCAUGUUUCUCACUGUGGCCUAUCCUUCGGCCCUGGCUAACCUCUUCCAACUACUCUAGUUUUGCCAUCUUGUGGCCAAAUACAAAAUGACAACUUUUGA